AUGCCAUCAAGAUAUCAGAAAGAUCUCUGCCAAUGUAUCAACAGUCAUCGUUUCUCUUCAGUUCUCCUCGUAUUUUCGAUAAUCUUUCCCAAAUUCUCCUGCGCACAGAUCCCAAACGCAGCGUCAACGACAUUCAUUACUUCGGCUACCCCUCCUUCAUCCACCCCUCACAUUUUAAAUGCCCGUCAACUCUCCUCCAGUACAGAUCCUGACGGUGAAGACACAUCAAGCCAUGUCUACAACUACUAUUUCGUCAUAGUUGCUGUUUUCGUAGUCAUCGUUUUCUUCCUUCUCCUAUAUAUUACCCAGCGACGGAAACGAAAGGCACUGCUUAUACGACAUAAUGGUCAGACAGCUUUGGCUCAUGACGUACAAUCGUUUGCAGAUUUCAGAACGAGAUUUGGACCGAGAAGAGCGGGAACGGGGCUGAUGGGUAUGACGAUGGGAUCGAUGGGCGCAAAUAGAGAACGACAAGAGGGGCUGGAUGAGAGGGGUGAGGCGCCCCCGGCUUAUGUGGAGGGCGAUAAACCACCGAGUUUGAGGAGUGAGGAUGGGAUUACCAUGGUAGUUUCUCGCGAAGAUCACGCCAAUGAAAAUAGCGCAUCUAGUGUGCCGCCUGUGGGGGCGGAGACUAUCAACAACUCUAUGGAACGAAAUAUAUCGGAUGUAGAGUCGAGACUAUCUGCGGAGCUUUCGCGACCUAGCGCUACGACUGCGAGUAAUUCAGCAAGACGGACAUCGACAGGGGGAUCAUCAACACCAAUCACAAGCGCAGCAGAUUCGAAUGAAGAGGUGGGAUUAAGGCCAUUGAGUCCAAGUACAUCGGCGCGUCCACCGUUAGGACCGCCUACAUAUUCCGAGACCUAUCUGGGCGGGCAACCUGACAUAGCGAGACCACCUGCCGCGGUGACCCACAACUGA